CGCCGUUGCGGGCUCGGCUUUUUCCUGAUUGGUCGGGGCGCGCCCCCAACCGCCGUCGCUCGUUUCCGUCCCCGACGCAGCUAGAUGACGUCAGCCCCCGACAUUCCACGUCCAAGAUGGCCGCAGUAGGCAAGGAGCGACGUCGCUGAGGGGCUGACCUGAGGGGAAGGGAGCUUAAGAGUUUCUGAGCAUCUUUUGGAAAGAACAAAUCUACUUCAAUAAAUGAAGGAGAAUAAGGAAAAUUCAAGCCCUUCAGUGACUUCGGCAAACCUGGACCACACAAAACCAUGUUGGUACUGGGAUAAGAAAGACUUGGCGCACACACCCUCGCAGUUAGAAGGACUUGAUCCGGCCACCGAGGCCCGGUACCGCCGAGAGGGGGCGCGCUUCAUCUUCGAUGUGGGCACACGUCUGGGACUGCACUAUGAUACUCUGGCAACUGGAAUAAUUUAUUUUCACCGCUUCUAUAUGUUCCAUUCCUUCAAGCAGUUCCCGCGAUAUGUGACAGGAGCUUGUUGCCUCUUUCUGGCUGGGAAAGUUGAAGAAACGCCAAAAAAAUGUAAAGAUAUCAUCAAAACAGCUCGCAGUCUAUUAAAUGAUGUGCAGUUUGGCCAGUUUGGAGAUGACCCAAAGGAGGAAGUAAUGGUUCUGGAGAGGAUACUGCUGCAGACCAUCAAGUUUGAUUUACAGGUAGAGCAUCCGUACCAGUUCCUGCUCAAGUAUGCAAAGCAACUCAAAGGCGAUAAAAACAAAAUUCAGAAGUUGGUUCAAAUGGCGUGGACUUUUGUGAAUGACAGUCUCUGCACGACGCUGUCACUGCAAUGGGAGCCCGAGAUCAUCGCCGUGGCCGUGAUGUACCUCGCGGGGCGUCUGUGCAAGUUCGAGAUUCAGGAGUGGACCUCCAAGCCCAUGUACCGCAGAUGGUGGGAGCAGUUCGUGCAGGACGUCCCUGUAGACGUUCUGGAAGACAUCUGCCACCAGAUCCUGGACCUGUACUCGCAGGGCAAGCAGCAGAUGCCCCAUCACACCCCGCACCAGCUGCAGCAGCCCCCGUCCCUCCAGGCCACACCGCAAGUGCCGCCGGUGUCCCAGCCCCAGCCCUCGCAGGGCACCGAGCCGCCCCAGCCCCCACAGAAGGACCCGCCGCCCGCGGCCCCACCACAGCCGCCGCCUCCACCACCGGCUCAGCCGCCUAAGAAACCAUCCCCGCAGCCGAGCCCACCCCGGCAAGCCAAGCGGGCUGUGGUGGUCUCGCCCAAAGAAGAGAGCAAAGCUGCAGAACCGCCACCACCUAAGAUCCCUAAACUGGAGCCCACUCACCCACCGCUGCCCCCGGCCCACCCGCCUCCAGACCGGAAGGCCCCGCUGGCUGCUGCGAUGGGCGAGGCCGAGCCGCCCGGCCCCGUGGACACCGGCGACCUGCCCAAAGUCCAGAUUCCUCCCCCAGCCCACCCGGCGCCUGUGCACCAGCCCCCGCCGCUGCCGCACCGGCCCCCGCCACCGCCGCCGUCCAGCUACAUCACGGGGAUGUCCACCACCAGCUCGUACAUGUCAGGGGAGGGCUACCAGAACCUGCAGUCCAUGAUGAAGCCCGAGGCCCCCUCCUAUGGGGCGCUGCCCCCCACCUACCUCCCCUACCACCCCCAUGUGUAUCCCCCAAACCCACCCCCGCCGCCUGUGCCCCCGCCCCCCACCUCCUUCCCCCCGCCCACCAUUCCCCCUCCUACUCCCGGCUACCCCCCGCCACCCCCCACCUAUAACCCCAACUUCCCACCCCCACCCCCACGCCUGCCCCCAACGCACACGGUGCCCCCGCACCCUCCUCCAGGCCUGGGCCUGCCACCUGCUAGCUACCCGCCUCCGGCCGUGCCCCCAGGAGGACAGCCCCCCGUGCCGCCCCCCAUCCCUCCCCCCGGCAUGCCACCGGUGGGGGGCCUGGGGCGGGCCGCGUGGAUGAGGUAACCAGCGCCUCUUGCUUUGUUUCCUAUCAACUUGAAGAGGGGUUGUGGGAGGCAGCCGGGAACCUCGCGUGGCGCCAGGCCCGUGGGGUCAUCCCUGCAGGGAGGGGGGGGCCGCCGUGACCAGCGGCCUCCUGUGUCCCACACUGGGUCACUUCACUUGUGACACUUAACCAGCCACAUUGGCUCAGCGAACAGCUUCCAGAAGGAGUGCGUCUCCCUCCAGUCCGUGCCUAGCUCUCCUGGAAACUCGUUUUUGGAUACCCCCGUCCGUCCGAAGUCUGCUGCCACGGCUUCCGUCGCGGCCAGCGUUCUCCCCAUGCACCCCGAGGUCAGAGGGACCUCACCUUUGGUUUAGGUAUUUGCAUCCUUUGUCCUGCAUUGUUUGAGGGGGGAAUUGUACUCGGAAAGUAGUCUGUUUACAUCGAUUUGCAGAUCCCUGUACGCAGAGAUAUAUUUUUUAAGUGUGAAUGUAACAGCAUACUGUGAAUUCCAUCUUGGUUACAAACGAGACCCCUUCGGUUAUCCAAUAAAAGUCUGUUCGAAAAGUC